UUCUUUUCUUUUAUUCUUUCAUUAAAUAAAAGAAAUUUUAAAAAAACUUUUUAUAUUUGCUUUUCAAAUCUUCUGAUCUCUGUUUUGCACAUAGAUUUCACCAUCAUCCUUUCUAUAUCUCUUCCCCAGAUCUUCUUCUGCAGAUGCUAUAAUCAGUUAAUUAGUACAUAUAAAUAUCUGAGGAAGGGAGAAAGUUACAAUGGUGAAGCUGACGAUGAUUGCGCGUGUCACUGAUGGGCUACCGCUAGCUGAAGGAUUGGAUGAUGGCCGUGACGUGAAGGAUAUUGAAAUGUACAAACAGCAAGUAAAGGCACUGUUUAAGAAUCUUGCCACACGCCAAAAUGAGCCUUCAAGGAUGUCUAUUGAAAGUGGCUCUUAUGUCUUCCAUUAUAUCAUUGAAGGACGUGUUUGUUACCUCACAAUGUGUGACCGCUCAUAUCCUAAGAAACUAGCCUUCCAAUACUUGGAAGACCUCAAGAAUGAAUUUGAGCGUGUCAAUGGGGCUCAAAUUGAAACCGCUGCUAGACCAUAUGCUUUUAUUAAGUUUGAUACUUUCAUACAGAAAACAAAGAAAUUAUAUCAGGACACUCGGACUCAGCGGAAUAUUGCAAAGUUGAAUGACGAACUGUAUGAAGUUCACCAAAUAAUGACCCGCAAUGUGCAGGACGUACUAGGUGUUGGCGAAAAACUAGACCAGGUCAGUGAAAUGUCCAGCCGGUUAACAUCAGAAUCUAGAAUAUAUGCUGAUAAGGCAAGAGAUUUGAAUCGGCAGGCAUUAAUUAGAAAGUGGGCUCCAGUUGCUAUAGUGUUAGGAGUUGUGUUCCUUCUUUUCUGGGUUAAAACGAAGCUAUGGUGACUCGGAUGCUUUCUGAGAAUUGUUGCAUCAUAUUGCUGGGUUUCUCUACAUUGCCAUCAGUUACCUUCAUGGGAAUUGUCCAAACUUAAGGGACUUCUGUCUGGGGACCAGAUGCACGUAAAGACCUCGUGUUUGGAGCUGGACUAUAGUUUUUGUUCACGGAAGACUCAGGGAGUGCUUGUUCUUUAAGUACCUCCCAGCGACCAUGUGGAAAUGUGAAAGAGGGACCCUUCGGUUUAAAAAUACGUUGGAUACAAGAAAAUUUCUAUAUUUUUGAUAAUUUAUAGAGAAACUUAAUUGAUCUACAUGACAAUGUCAAUCAGUAUGUGAUCUAGAACUACAUUUACACACUUCCUAGCUACAAUUUUAAAUUAACUUACGUCCUCGUCUA